GUUUCCGUGAGAAUUCCAAACGAAGAUCGAAUGGCUCGUACGAAGCAAACUGCUUGUAAAAAAGUUGGCGGGGCUGCAAAUGGGGCUGAAACAGCUGGCCAUUAAAACAGCGCGAAAGGGUCGUGAAAAUUAUAGUGGCAUCAAGAAGCCUCACAAAUACAGACCGGGAACCGUAGCUCUCAGAGAGAUUCGACGUUACCAGAAGUCUACAGAACAGCUGAUCAAAAAGCUGCCGUUUCAGCGUUUGGUUCGUGAGAUUGCUCAAGAAUACAGGACUGAACUUCGCUUUCAAAGUGCGGCCAUUGGAGCUCUGCAGGAAGCCGCUGAAGCUUACCUGAUUGGGAUGUUCGAGGAUACUAACCUGUGCGCAAUCCACGCCAAGCGGGUGACCAUCAUGACCAGAGAUAUCCAACGGGCCAGACGAAUAAGAGGGGAGAGAGCCUGAUUUGGUCGCUGAUUGUAAAACUUGGAUUUAUUUUAAAUAAUAUGAUUUGUUUUUAGUUAUAUCUUGAAUGAAAUGCUGUGUGGUUAUAUAAAAAAGUUGGAAUAUUGUGUGUUUGGUGUAGGUUGUGUUUUUUCUGUUGUGAAUUUGUUUGUAAUGAUUGAAUAAAAUUCAAGAAUAAUCGUA